UUGACAUUCCUUCUUGAAGAAGACUUGACCUCUGUCAACAUUUGUGCACUCCAUUGYGAGAUGCGGAAUAUGGAACACCUGCUGGCCUCCCUGGGACUUCUCUGCCAUGAAGUUGACAGCCUAAAACAAUGCAAUAAAGUCCUGUCACAGUUUGGCCCAAAGUCCUUCAAAAAAGACAGGAUUCAUGUGGUAAUGAAGCCAGGCCAGGAGUCUUCUGCAGAAAGACACAAUAUCAAGGUGUCUUCAUUUUCAGGUUCUACAGAAAGAGAAUUCCUAGAGAACUGUGAUGAAAUUGUACUAGAAUCCCUUCCAAAGGAUAAGCUCAUCAAGAAUUAUUUCAGGGAUGCCGAGACUGYGAAGCUGUUCAUUCUUAACCAAGUCUCAUUUUGUCAAGAGCGUUUGAAGUACUAUCAAGACUUGAAGGGAAAAGGAAAAUUCAUAAGAGAUUUUGGAAGUCACCAGGAACAAAUUGAGAUUGAAAAAAAAG